AUGCCGCUCGAAGUGAUCCCCGACUCGCAGGUCGCCGCCACCUUGCAAGGGUUUAUGGUGCCCAAGCUGGCCGAGAUGGGCCUUGCCUCCGAGUCCGAGGCCACUGGCUUGGCCGAGUUUGUCAUCCUGGCCCUUGCCAAUCAGAGAUCCGAAUCCGAAAUCACCAGAGACAUUGCCGUCGACCUCUUCUCCCUGCCGGCGGACGACCCGACCAUUGCCAGCUUCUCCAAGUGGCUGUUUGAACAGAUGGCCGCUCUCGAGACCCAGAUGAAUGGCGGCGCGGCGCCUGGCGCUGAACAAGCCUCAUUUGGCGAUAUGGACACAGAUAUGAAUGCCCAGGAUGGCUCAGAACUCAAUGCACCUACCGGCCCUCGAUCGAUGCGAAACGGCAACGGAAUGCGAGGCGGACGAGAUAAGCGCAUGCUUGGCCAGAUUGGAAAGGCUAUGGAUCGCUCUGCCGACUCUGCCCUUCACCGUACGCGCGGCAACAACCGCAUCAACUCCCACGGCAACGGAAUGCGCGGUGGUGCUCGUGGCGGCCGCAACAACGGCAUCCGCGCAGGCAACUUGCAGGCUGGUCUCGCUGCUGGCCCUAACAAUGGCCAGUGGAUGAUGUCUGGCCAGCCACCCAACCAGAUGGAGCUCAUGGCCAUGCUUGAGCAGCAGAACCAGAUGAUGUUCCAAUUAUCACAACAGCUCAUGAGCGGCGGUGGUGGCGGCGGCCGAGGACGCGGCAAGUCGCUCUUUGAACGCACACAAAACGGACGCGUAGGCCGUGGACGCGGCGGACACCACAACCAGAAUGGCCACGGCGAUCACCAGCAACAGCAAGAAGGUGGCGGCGACAAGGCCGACGGCGAAGACAUGGAAAUGGGCGGCGGCGGCAACCCUCCCAACCCUGACGAGAGCGUGUGCAAGUACAACUUGCGCUGCACCAACAGCGAAUGCAAGUUUGGCCACCAAUCUCCGGCUGCGCCCCCCGGCACCACAGUCGAUCUUAAGGAUAUCUGCAGCUUUGCCGCGGCAUGCAAGAACCGCAAAUGUGUCGGCCGCCAUCCCUCCCCUGCUACAAGGCUUGCUCACCAGGGCGAGCAGGACUGCAAGUUCUUCCCCAACUGCCAGAACCGGCGCUGCCCGUUCCGUCACCCGUCGAUGCCUCUGUGCCGCAACGGCGCCGACUGCACAACGGCCGACUGCAAGUUUACGCACGUCAAGACCAAGUGCAAGUUUACACCCUGCUUGAACCCCAAGUGUGCCUUUGCGCACGAAGAGGGCCAGCAAGGCGGCUUCAAGGAUAAGGUCUGGACCGCCGAGGGUGGCGAGCACGUCAGCGAGCGCAAGUUUGUCGAAGACGGCCAGGGCGAAGAGAUUGUCAAACCCGAUGCCGAGAUGCAACCCGAGCAAAUGCAGUCUGAGCAGCACGAUGUUGCCCUCGACGAGGCUAUUGCGUGA